CGAUCCUUAGCGUAAAUUUUGGACGGAGGAGAUUUUGACCGCCACCUAGCUCCGCCCCUGCCCGAGAUGACUGUGGUAUCGAAAGACUACAAUUUCUCGCUAUCCCCCUUCGUGCAUAUAAAUACGUAAAAAAAUAACACAUUUCUCAAUUGCUGUGAAGAUUGCUACUCUUUCUCUUUCCAACUGCUGCUCAGGGGUAUAAUUUGAUCGGUUAUUUAAAGGGGUAGAUAGCAAGCAGAGGAAAUGGGUAGGCUUUUUCUGAUAAGUCUUGAAGGAAACAGCUACAAAUGCAAGCACUGUAGAACUCAUCUCGCGUUGGCUGAUCACAUCAUUUCUAAGUCAUUCCACUGCAGUCAUGGGAAGGCUUACCUCUUUGAUAACGUUGUGAAUGUCACUGUUGGAGAGAAAGAAGACCGGAUGAUGAUGACAGGAAUGCACACUGUUGUGGAUAUAUUCUGCGUAGGAUGUGGCUCAAUUGUGGGGUGGAAAUAUGAAGCCGCACAUGACAAGAACCAAAAGUACAAGGAAGGCAAGUUCAUUCUUGAGAGGUUUAAGAUCGAGAAUCCAGAUGGAACCCUCUAUGCAUUAAGCCAAGAUUCUCAGAUCGGAAGUGAUGCAGAUGAACCUUGAGUGGCCAUUCUAUCAUGCCAUUAAUAAUCAAAUCUCUCUUUUCAACUGUACAUUAUUUCUGACUUCCUGCGCUUGUUGGUACAAGCAAUCUUGAUCUUCAGUUAGUAUAGAUGCUAAUAGCCACUAUAGUCAAGUUUUGCAGGAUAUUUUUUGAACAGGGUCGGGUCGGGUCGGAUAUAGGCGGGUCAAACCCGGGUAAUGCAAAAAACGAAUAAAUUAUCCGAGCUGACCCAUAUUUAAUACGGAUAGAAAAUGGAUUAAGUGGACCUAC